UAUCGUUUCGCGUUUUCAGCCAUUUCAAUUCGACAAGCUUUAUUUUUUUCUUUUUGUAACUCGCUAUUGUUUCAUUGUUAUUAUCGACUCAGGAUUUAAAAUAUAUAUUAUUGUACAUUAUGGACGAUUCACAGUACGACGAGUUUGGCAACUACAUUGGACCCGAGCUGGAUUCCUCCUCCUCAGAGAGCGAAGAAGAGGUGGAGGACGAGGAGGGGAUCAGGCGGGAGGAGGCAGACUACCAGGCGCACAGCAGUCCUGGUUCUAGCGACAGUGAAGCAGAGGACAGGGCACACAAUCUCAUGACAAUGAUGCGACGCGUCGACCUGGCGCCCCAGGCACAGGAGCGGCAGAUCGUGCAGCACGAGGACAAACAGUACUACCCGGAGGCCAGCGCCGUUUUUGGCGCAGACGUCGAGGUGCUGGUGCAGGAGGAGGACACGCAGGCGCUGACGGAGCCGAUCGUGGCACCGAUCAAGGAGCGCAAGUUCACAGUGGGCAACGCCGACGAGCUCCCGGCCACGACGUACGCCAAGGAGUUUCUGGUCGACCUCCUGGGUCACCCGAACCUGGUGCGCAACGUUGCGGUGGGUGGGCACCUGCACCACGGCAAAACAGCGCUGGUCGACCUGCUGGUGGCGGCCACACACGAGUGGGCCGAGUGGGACACGGCGCUACCGCAGGGCACGCCGGUCAACCGCAUGGGCGGCAGCAGCACAGCCAGCGGAUUCACCGACACGCUGCAGCUGGAGCGGCAGCGCGGUGUCAGCCUCAAGACUGCGGCCAUGGCGCUGGUGGCACAGGACUCGCGCGGCAAGAGCUGGGCGCUCAACAUGGUUGAUACGCCAGGCCAUGCAGACUUUCUGGACGAGGUCGAGGCUGGGCUGCGGCUGGCCGACGGAGUGUUGCUGGCCGUCGACGCCGUCGAGGGCGUCAUGAGCGGCACGCGCCGCGUCAUUGCCGCCGCAAUGCGCCAGGGUCUGCGCAUUGUGCUGGUUGUCACCAAGGUCGACCGGCUGAUCCUCGAACUGCGGCUGCCGCCGGCCGACGCCUACCACAAGCUGCGGCUGACUAUCGACGAGGUCAACGCUGCCAUCGCUCAGAGUCCGCGCGGCACGCACCCACUGCUGUCGCCGGCCGCUGGCAACGUGUGCUUUGCGUCGGCAACGUACGGCUGGUGCUUCACGCUGGAGUCCUUUGCGCGCCAGUACGCGGCACGCUGGCAGAUGCCGGACGCGCGGCCGCUGGCACGCCGCCUAUGGGGCGACGUCUUCUACCGCGCCCAGACACGCUCAUUCGUGCGCAAGGGCGUCGACGCGCGCGCGCCGCGCUCGUUCGUGCACUUUGUGCUGGAGCCACUGUACAAGCUGCACGCGCUCGUUGUGGCCGAGGAUGCGCCCGCCCUGCGCCCGGCGCUGGCGUCGCUCGGCGUGCGGCUGCGCGAUGCUGACUACGCGCUGGAUGCCCGGCGACUGCUGCGGCGCGCGCUGGGCCAUUUCUUUGGCCCGCCCGGCGGCCUUGUCGACGUGUGCGCGCAGCAGCUGCCAUCGCCCGCUGCCAACGCCGCCGCCAUGGCACAGCGGCUGUGUGCGCCGGGCCCCGUUGCGCAGGCCAUUGCGCAGUGCAGCGCCGAUGGGCCGCUGGUCGUGGCUGUGGCCAAGCAGGUGGCGGCGGCCGACGGCCAGAGCUUCUAUGCCCUCGGGCGCAUCCUCAGCGGCACAGUGUCAGAGUCCCAGCACGUGCGCGUCCUGGGUGAAGGCUUUGCUGAAGACGCCGAGGACGCGGCCGCGGCCACAGUCGACGCUCUGUGGGUGUGGUGUGCGCGCUACCGCGUGCGCGUCUCGGGCCUGGGCGCCGGCGCCCUGGUGCUUCUCGGCGGCGUCGAUGCGUCGAUGGCCAAGACUGCGACGAUUGUUGGCGCCGAAGGCCCGGCCGAAGCGCUGCUGCCGCUGCGGCUGCCGACACCCGUCGUGCGGCUGGCCGUUGAGCCUGCGGUUCCGUCCGAGCUGCCGCAGCUGCUGCGCGGCCUGCGCGCCAUUGCCAAGACGUACCCACAGGCACAGACGCGCGUCGAAGAGAGUGGCGAGCACGUGCUUCUGGGCCCCGGCGAGUUGUAUCUGGACUGCAUCCUGCACGACCUGCGCCACGUGCACGCAUCCAUUGAGGUGCGUGUGGCCGACCCGGUGGUGUCCUUCCGCGAAUGCGCGCUUGAGACCUCGGCCGUACGCACUUUUGUCGACUCGCCGAACCGCCACAACCGACUGACGCUGAUGGCUGAGCCGCUGGACAGCGCCGUGGCGCGCGAUAUUGAGUGUGGGCUGGUGGACGCGCGGUGGCCGGCGAGGCAGCUGGGCCACUACAUGGAAGAGGCGCACGGCUGGGACAUUCUGGCGGCGCGGUCCAUCUGGGCUUUCGGGCCGGGUCCACUGGGCGCCAACGUGCUGAGCGACGAUUCGCUGCCACAGGACACCAAUAAGCAGCGGCUGCGCUCCGUGCGCGACUCCGUACGCCAGGGCUUCCAGUGGGCAGCGCGCGAAGGCCCACUGUGUGACGAGCCCAUGCGCGCCACGCGCUUCCGCAUUCUCGACGCCACCCUCGCUGACUCCCCCAUCCACCGCGGCGCUGGCCAGAUCAUUCCUAUGGCGCGCCGCGUCUGCUACGCCGCAUUUCUCACUGCCGAGCCGCGCCUUAUGGAGCCCAUCAACCGCGUCGACAUCCAGGCGCCCGCCGACUGUGUCGCCUCUGUGUACACUGUCAUUGCACGCCGCCGCGGCCACGUCACCCAAGACGCGCCCAGGGCUGGCUCCGCCAUGUACGCCAUUUCAGCGUUGAUUCCGACCAUCGACGCUGCUGGCUUCGAAACCGAUUUGAGGACAUAUACGGGUGGUAGGGCUUUUUGCCAGCACUACUUUGAGACCUGGCAGGUUGUUCCCGGGGAUCCCCUGGAUAAGAGCGUGGUACUGACGCCCUUGGAGCCUGCCCGCGGAGACGCCUUGGCUAGAGACUUUAUGCUAAAGACACGCAGGAGGAAGGGAUUGGGUGACGACGUGUCCAUAGACAAAUUCAUUGAUGAUCCAGCGCUGAGAGACAUUGUAAAGUCUUUCCAGUGAGCAAAAAUCGUGAAUUGUAUAAUGAAUUUAUUUUUCUUUAUUUUUCUUUUUACGUUCUCUUUUUGCCUAUUGCUUUUUAUGCAUUGUUUUUCGCAUUUUCCUUUUUACACUUUGGCUUUUCCUCUUCCUUUUGACAAUAUUUGCUCAAAGCACUGUUAAAGACAUGUCCAAUUUCUUUGUUUAACGUAUUGUGAUUUGAGAGGAGUACUAGUGCUAAAAGUAUGUUUGGGUUUUGUUAUAAUUUUUAUUAUCAAGGGAAUCAAAAAUAUAACUAGGGCCGGUUU